AGUUAUGAGGUGGCUAUCAUCAACAUAGAAGAUCCCAAACUGAAGACUACAUGCUGUGUAAAUACUCUUAUUUGUCUGCCUCCUUUUCUUCCAUAGUGCCUAUAUUGCUUGUUUAAUAACAUCAUAUUUUACGUCCUGCACUCUGUGCACGUUAUUCAGUCCUUCUGUCGUUGGUGAAUAUUGGUUCAGGGACUAUAUUAGGAAUCUUGGAAGCACUGCCAACAUGUCUGAUGUUCAGGAAGCCGCUAACCAACUCCUAGACGUGAACCUGCAUGAGAACCAGAAGUCUAUACCAGUGACAGAAAGUGGCCCCAGAAGUGAGUCCGAGCAACUCCAAGUCACUGUUGGAGCCACUGUACCUACUGGCUUUGAGCAAACAGCUGCAGAUGAAGUGAGAGAGAAAUUGGGGUCGUCAUGCAAAAUCAGCAAAGGCCGGGGCAAGAUAUAUUUUGAAAUUUCAGUGGAAAGUCUGGCUCAGGUUCAUUGUCUGAGAUCAGUUGAUAACUUAUUUGUGGUUGUUCAGGAGUUUAAAGAUUAUCAGUUCAAAGAAACAAAGGAAGAAGUUCUAAAGGAUUUUGAAGAAUUGGCUGGAAAACUUCCAUGGUCAGACCCUUUAAAAGUAUGGAAAAUUAACACCAGUUUCAAGAAAAAAAAAACAAAGCACAAAAAGAUAAAUCGGAAUUCGGGUAAAGAGAAGAUUGAUAAUGGAAGAGGAAACAAGACAGAUGAGAGAGAUGUUAAAAAAGAGUUCACUAACAAUGCCUUAGAUUCAGAUAUCCUAGACUAUUAUGAAAAUCCAGGCAUCAAAGAAGAGGUAUCAACAUUAGUAGGUGAUGGUGACUUGGCAUCCUGCAAAGAUGAGACUGAUGGAAGCUCAAAAGAAGAAACUGAUACUGAAGUGCUCAAAUUUAGAGUCACAUGCAACAGGGCAGGAGAGAAGCAUUGCUUUUCCUCAUAUGAAGCCGCAAGAGAUUUUGGAGGUGCUGUUCAAGAGUAUUUUAAGUGGAAGGCUGACAUGACCAACUUUGAUGUGGAGGUUCUUUUGAAUAUCCAUGACCAUGAAAUUGUUGUGGGCAUUGCAUUGACAGAAGAGAGUCUCCACCGAAGAAGUAUCACACAUUUUGGACCUACCACUCUUAGAUCUACUCUUGCCUAUGGGAUGCUCAGGCUCUGUGCUCCUCAACCUACUGAUAUAAUAGUUGAUCCGAUGUGUGGAACAGGGGCAAUACCAAUAGAGGGGGCUACUGAAUGGUCUAACUGUUAUCAUAUUGCUGGUGAUAAUAAUCCGUUGGCUGUGAACAGAGCAGCAAAUAACAUCUCAUCUUUAUUGACCAAGAAUCAAAUUAAAGGCAAACUGUCCUGGGGCUUGCCCAUAGAUGCUGUUCAGUGGGAUAUUCGUAAUUUGCCAUUGAGAACUGGCUCUGUAGACAUUAUUGUAACAGAUAUGCCAUUUGGAAAAAGGAUAGGCUCCAAGAAGAGAAACUGGGAUCUUUAUCCAGCUUGCCUGCGGGAGAUGAGCCGUGUCUGUAGACCAGGGACAGGCCGAGCUGUACUACUUACUCAGGACAAGAAAUGCUUUACCAAGGCGUUAUCCGGAAUGGGACACCUAUGGCGGAAGGUGCAUACUGUCUGGGUGAACAUAGGGGGUCUUCAUGCUGCAGUUUAUCUUCUGAAGCGUACACCGCAAGCUUUUGUUCAUCCUUCAGAACAAGAGGGAGAAAGAACUCCUUGGUAAUGCAACGAAUCAAGAUGAUUAAUAGGGGCUGGUGUAGCGGUUGGUUGGUUAUGUACUGGGGCUUUGGAGAGAAAAGAGGAAGAUUGGCAACAGAUGUUAGCUCAGGGCCAAUCUUCCUCAAAAAAAAAAAAAAGGAUGAUUAAUAGUAUUUGUGCUUCCCUACACUGGAAAUGUCAGCAUGAAGAACUUGCUUUGAGAGAAAAAUUGUAUUAACAAAAGUGCAUUUUGCACUGUUCAAACUGGUCUAAAGCUCUUUACCCUGGUUAGAAAAGGUGUGAAUGUAAUGUGAUGGAAUUGAAAAUUUUAAGAGAAAGUUUUUCUUUUGAGCUGUUUUGAAGGAGUAGCUGGGGAACUGGUAAAUGCUUUAAAGAUGCUAAGCCUACUAAAAUGUGCUGGGAUUUGGGUUUGGAACAUUUUGGUUUCAGGCUUCAUAGCAGUUCCUGUUUUCCAUU